AACGCGCCAUUUGUCAUUGUCAUUUCGCAAAGCCGGCAGCGUCUGCUAAAGUUCAUGUUGGUGUCGUUUUAAAUUGAACAAAAUAAUUGUAUUUCGUGAGAUUUACUGUGUGAACUAUUGCUGAUUACAAUCAAUUUGAUUCCUGUUAUUCAGUGUGCUUUGAAAAACGUGUCGUCUGAGUAUUCGCAAAAAAAAAUCACCGGAACAGAGAAUGGCUGAAAAAUCGGAAGCUCUUGUUACAAAGGAUGAGAAGGUGGCGGAAGCAAAGGAACUGUUCGGUCGUGGUAGUCGAAACUUCUGUAUGAAACAGUACACAGAUGCUGCCGAUGAUCUGAGCGCUUGCUGCGCCAUCUACUCGGAACUGUAUGGCCCUACUUCGGACGAGUGCGGCAUGGCUUAUUUGCUAUAUGCUAAGUCGUUGAUUGCCCUGGGUAAGGACGAGAACAACUUGAUCGUUCCGGGUGAGGGAGAGGAGGCCGAUGAUGACGACGAAGAAGACGGAGAUGGUGAAGAUGGUGACGAGGAAGGAGAGGGUGAGGGUGAAGCAGAAGGUGAAGAGAAAGAGCAAGAUGCGGAUAAAGAUGAUAAAACAGAAAGCACGGAAAAGGAAGCAGUUGAAUCAGAAAAAACGGAAAAUGGGGAGUCAAAAAAGGAAAAGACCGCAAUGGAAGGAUCAUCAUCGAAGGCGGAUGGAGAACCACAACCUGGACCUUCAACGGCAAACGGUGUGGAACAUGAGAAGGAUGACACAGAAGAAGACGAGGAAGAAAAAUGCGAAGGAAAUUUGGAAGUUGCUUGGGAAAUAUUGGAGUUGGCAGUUAAAAUCUUCGAAAAGCAAGGCGAUAAAUCAUUGGACAAUUUGUCGGAGUGCUAUUCGGAGUUGGCCAGUAUUUCUCUUGAGAAUAGCAAUUUUGCGAUUGCCAUUAGUGAUUACAAAAGAGCCCUGGCCGUAUACGACAAAACCGGUAAAACUGACCGGCGGAUUAUUGCCGAAAUACACUAUAAAAUUGGUUUGUGCCAUCUGAUGCAAAACGAGUUCGAGGAUUCCAUUGUCGCUUUCCGUGAAGCUUGUAGCGAAAUGGAUAAAGUUGUUCAACAGGAACAAAGCAAGGAACAAACCGAUGAAACAAAGGCUGCUAUCAAGGAUCUGGAAGAAACAAAGCAAGAAAUUUUGGAGAAAAUCGCCGAAGUUGAGGAUACGAAGAAGACGUCCAUCGAAGCCGUCAAACGUGAACUGUCCAAAAUCAUCGUCAAGGGAGAGACAACCAAUGGCUUUGACAGUGCCGGUCCUUCGUCAUCAUCGUCGGUCUCCAACGGAACCUCGUCUAGCGCAAAACCCACCGACAUCACGCACCUUAUCAAGAGAAAGAAACCGGACUCUGCCACCGUCGAGGUUGAAGGUUCUCCCGCCAAAAAAACAGCAGUUGAGGCAGACAAAACUAGCGACUGAAUUUGAGUCUUUACAUUUCCAUUUCCCACACAAUUUGUUAUUCUUGAAUAUUACCAAUUAAGACGACAGUCGCUGAAACACUUAUUUAUUUUCUGAAUUAUCCUUUCUGUUUUUCGUUUCGUUAGAAAAUAAUGUGCACUAUGGUGAGAUCUAAUUAUAACAUUGCAAUUAAGUUAUCCAAAAAUAGAUUCAUAUCUGUGAAUGUCCAAACUAUA